CAAGUUGGAGCCGCGAGGGCCCGCGGGUCCCAGGGCGGUCCCAGUAGCCCUAGCGCAAGUGACCUGGACGCCGCUGCCUCCUGCCCGCACCAUGACCCAGCCCGUGCCCCGGCUCUCUGUGCCCGCCGCGCUCGCCCUGGGCUCGGCCGCACUGGGCGCUGCCUUCGCCAGCGGCCUCUUCCUGGGGAGACGGUUCCCUCCAUGGCGAUCCCGGCGAGAGAAGCGCCUGCUGCCCCCGGAGGACAGCCCCCUGUGGCAGUAUCUGCUGAGCCGCUCCAUGCGGGAGCACCCGGCGCUGCGGAGCCUGCGGCUGCAGCUGACCCUGGAGCAGCCGCAGGGCGAUUCCAUGAUGACCUGUGAGCAGGCCCAGCUCUUGGCCAACCUGGCUCGCCUCAUCAAGGCUAAGAAGGCGCUGGACCUGGGCACUUUCACAGGCUACUCGGCCCUAGCGUUGGCCCUGGCGCUGCCCCCGGCUGGGCGCGUGGUGACCUGCGAAGUGGACGCAGGGCCCCCGGAGCUGGGACGUCCCCUGUGGAGGCAGGCCGAGGAGGAGCACAAGAUCGAACUUCGGUUGAAACCCGCCCUGGAGACCCUGGAUGAGCUCCUGGCCGCGGGCGAGGCCGGCACCUUCGAUGUGGCCGUGGUGGAUGCGGACAAGGAGAACUGCACCGCCUACUACGAGCGGUGCCUGCAGCUGCUGCGACCCGGAGGCGUCCUCGCUGUGCUCAGUGUCCUGUGGCGUGGAGAGGUGUUGCAGCCUAAACCACAGGACAAGGCGGCCCAGUGUGUGCGAAACCUGAAUGAGCGCAUUCUGCGGGACGCCAGGGUCCACAUCAGCCUCCUGCCCCUGGGCGACGGCCUCACCUUAGCCUUCAAGAUCUAGGGCUGGCCCCUAGCGAGUGGCCUCAAGGGAGGGGCCCUGGGACCCCCAGCCAUCGACAUCGAGUUUUAAAUCUGACAAUAAAGUGAGGCCUGGGACACAA